CGGAUUCAUUUACGGGUGGACCAAUCCUCUAUUAUGUGUAGCAGGCAUUCUUGACGUGGAGUUGAGAGAUGCAGCUGAGCACUGCCUUCUAGCCUUCUCACAAUCUGAGUACGGGCUUCACGUCCAAACCAUCUGCUCUGGAGAUCCCGUUAUCCUUGGGCGAUGCUCUGCUCAAGGGCAAAAGCCUGGCUCCAGAAUGUCUCCCCCAUUCGUUGCGAUUGAGCUACCUGGUCUUCCGGUGUCGAGUGAAGACUUCGGUUUCAUCUAUUAUCGUAGACCGAAAGCAGGUUCCUUACAUUAUUAUACAUUGAAGGCUUGGGACGACAUAGGGCGCUCGCAUGCCGAGACGACUUCCAGGAAACUCAGCUAUCCUCCAACGUACGUGCAGGGAGCAAACGUCCAAAGAAGGCUUAACGAGACCGUGAUCAGCCAGAUGAACUACGCCCAUAGCUUGGAGGCGCGUUUACCGGGUACAGACCAGACUCCUUCAAGUCAUGGCCGCAGAGCAAGUUUCCUCUCCACAGCGGGUAGAGUUACAAGUCUAGUCGGGCUAUAUCUCCGACAUUUGCACCUUCCUGUGUCGUAUGUGCUAGCAUUGAACUCGCCUGGUCCGUUUUCUGGUUACAUAUGGAAUUCCAUCUGGCAAUUUAUGACCUGGAUAUCCAUGACCGUCCAACAAUGUGACACGCGCACUCAUCAGUUCUCUACUCUGCCCACGAAAUUCCGAUCUUUACGGAGUCACCCAGGAGUUCCCGUCCAGGACUAUUGCGCAAAAUACGAUACAUUUUAUAACUUCGUCUGGCUAGUCCUCAAUGAUGUGAUUGUUGGCACCGCCGUUGGAACGUUCAUUUGCGAGAAUCACAAUGCACUCGCCAUCGAAUUGACGACAUUUGUUGAGGACCACCUCAUUGGAAGCAUACAGAGGAUUCUUAUCUGGCUCGACAAUUGGCCGGCCGGGCUAAAGUUAAACACCGAGCUGAGCAACUUCUACUGCAGCACAUUCAUAGGUAUCAUAGGACUCUGGGGGCAAAUUCUCAGCUUCGUGAUACCUUACCUCCCAACACUCAUCUACGCCGUCGGUGUCCUCGGCUCGUGUGGAUCCACCAUGGUAGUCUCGUCGUUGUUGGAUCUGCUCAACGUCUUCACUGUGCACCUCCAUAUCUGUUACUAUAUCGGGGCGGCUGUCUAUCGCCAACAGCUGCGCACGCUUGAUUCUUUAUGGAACCUAUUCCGCGGAAAGCGAUUUAACGUGCUGCGAAAUCGCAUCGACAAUUGGGACUAUGACAUAGACCAGCUGCUGCUGGGGACGAUCCUCUUCACUCUCGUAGCCUUCUUAUUCCCCACCGUCCUCACAUAUUACUCGCUCUUCGCCGUGCUGCAAUUUUGUGUCAUUCUUAUACGUGCGAGCCUCGAAACCCUCCUGGUUUUCAUGAACCAUUUCCCACUGUUCGCGUUAAUGCUGCGUGUCAAGGAUCCUUGGCGACUUCCAGGUGGGAUAUAUUUCGAGCUCAGAAAGCCGUCGACUUCUUCUCCGCCCGCUAUGAUUAUUCGUAAUCAGCCAGUCCCGUUCUUCUCCGUCUUCUCCCAGUUUGUUCGCAUCUGGUCUCGUAUCGCAUCCCACUACAACCCACUGCGACUCCUCCGGUGCCUAAUCACCGGUAACUAUCUCACGUCAAUUCCUGGAUACUCUAUCCGACAUCGUGGAAUGCCCGAACAAGAGGCGAGUAAGGCGAAGAAGGGUUGAUAUACUGUAGCACAUGUUAUACUGGUACAUACAUCAAGUAGACCCAGAGAAAAGAAAAGGGGACGAAUAAUCAAUCGACCCAUGUCGGCUCAACCUCGAAUUUCGCCCGAGGGAUGUACUUCCCACCUUGCAGUAAUUCCUCUGCUACCAUCCGCAACUUCACUGUGCGAUGGACGCGAAGACCGUCUUUCUUCUGUCGGC